UAUUUAUUUCUGGUUCAGGGGCUCAUGGUGAUGGCUACAGGUCAAGGACUGAGAACACUGUGAUAAUUUACAAUUACUGAACGUUCUAUAAAACAACGACGAGAAUCUUUGAUCUUUGAUUACUUGAAAGUGAAGUGAAUUACUAGUCACUACGUAGUACGUUCCACAACUGUGAUCAAUGAGAGACUGCGAAGAGUAGCUAUAGCAAUGACUGCAUUAGAUACUGUCAAUGAUAUAGCUGCAUUACUAGUAAAGUGGGAAGAAGCAGAAAGACAACAUAUAUGUCCCAUUGAAAGUUUGGAGAGGAUUGCUGAUGUUGUUGAAGCAGAGUAUGAAGCAUUUUUGAAAUCAGAUCCAGAUCCAUUUGAUGACAGACAUCCAGGGCGUAAUGAUCCUUUUUGCACAUAUGCUCAUGUGUUGAAAUGCUUGAGUAAAAGUGACAACUUGGUAGAGAUCAUAUUAAACACAUAUCUUAUGGCUCCACGCUGGGAUUUCAAGCUAUGUUGUGUUGCAAGUCGUUUACUUUUUGAUCUUAUGUGCUGUCUUGAAAUGGAACAGAUCUAUCAAGAGACGGAAGGAUUGCUUUUGAGGCUGUAUAACUGGGCUGAAAACGGGGAGGAACCGUUACGAUCUUACUCAUUAGGUCUACUUGGUAUCGCAAUGGGAAUGCAAGAUUUCACUUCCUCACACAGAGAAAAUAAUUCUCAUCUCGUCCCAAUCGUUAUCAACCGAUUAAAAUCCUUGAAAGAUUUAAGGGACUUGAGUCAGCCUGCUGUCAAAGAGUUUCCAAAACCAAAGGCAAUAUCAAGAACUAAAAAUAAUGGUAAAUCAAAUGGCGGAAAUAAGAACAAGAAAGAAAGCAUUUUGGACAGUUCUUCACCUGCAAUGGCUGAGUCUUCUAGUAAGUCGAGUCAAAGCUCUGCCAGGAAAGAGUCAAAGAAAACAAGGCAGUUUUUAAAACCGUCGUCUUUCAAGCUAAGUCCACUCACACUGAGUGCCCAGAUCAGACUGAUGUUAAGAUAUCUUACGCCACUCGGAGAAUACCAAGAGUUUCUUCAAGUUGCUUUUGAGUUGGACGUUCGAAGCAUGGUGACACAUUUUAUUAACGUCAAACACAUCGCAGAAGAUGGCGUCAUAUUUCAAGCCCUUCAGUAUCUGACGUCGCUAAUGUGCCAUAAGAAAUUUGCACAGGAAUUUGUCAGCCAUGGUGGAAUAGAAAGACUUCUUCAAAUUCCGAAACCGUCAACGUCAGCUACAGCAGUUUCAUGUUGUUUUUAUUACUUGGCGUACGUCGAAGACGCCUUAGAGAGGAUCUGUCUUCUCCCGCAACCAGUGUUGACGGAGGUCGUGAAGUAUGUUUUGUGGUUGCUGGAGUGUUCACAUUUUUCUGGCAGAUGUCAUGCUACGAUAUUUUUCUCUCUUACGUUUCCCUUUCGUGCAAUAUUAAGUUUAUUUGAUACAAAUGAUGGCUUGAGGAAAUUGAUUAACAUGCUCAGCACUUUGGAGAUCCUGACGGAAUCAUCAGAUGUGCUAAGUGAUGAUUAUCUUUUUGACUGUCGUCAAACUGUGAAACAUACUUGUAUGGCUUUAAGACGAUAUUUUGAUGCUCAGAUCGCUUUGAAAGCUGACAUCUUGAGACGAUCUCUGGCGAGGUCCAAAGGGGGGUCCCCUCCACCUCCAACACCGGCAUACAAGUCGAUGACCAUAACGCAAACAAGUAUGUUGGAAAAUAUUGAGCUUCUUUUAGAAAACUCGUAUGUGAUUUCGAAGUGGCCUUCGAUUGAUAUGAUGAUGAAUUUACAGGGAUUUCCCUUGUUAAUUCAAAUCAUUUGUCUUUCUGCUGACUGGAACAGUUAUACAGCCAGAAAUGACGUGACAAGACUUGCUUUGGACACUUUGGCUGUCUUAACCGCUUGUCCGAAGACACAAUUAGCAUUGAUUGAGCCUGUGACACUUCCUACUGGGGUAACUGAAAUUGGUAUCAGAGUUUUAUUACGUGCCGCAGAAGGAGAACUAUCAUCAGAACUCGCUGCUGAUGGAGAAACUCAGAAAGCUGCUUUACUUGUUCUGUGUAAUUGUGUAUGUUCAUCUAAACAAAAGGGGUCAAACUCGUCGACCGCGCAGAAAUUAUCCAAAGGCAAGCGCAGCCAGUCAAAAAAUACGGAUGAUAUCCAGCAAAGAUUAUGGAAUUGUGUUCGAGCAAACAAUGGUAUCAGAGUACUUCUCUCGUUACUACUUGUAAAAACGCCAGUAUCUGACGCGGACUCCAUCCGUGCACUCGCAUGUCGCGCGUUAUGUGGACUGGCGCAGAGUGAUGGAAUUAGACAAAUCAUGAGUAAAUUACCCAUGGUUCAUAGCGGGCAGCUGCAACUCUUAAUGCGGGAGCCAAUCCUCGCUGACAACGCCAACGAACAUCGCACAUUCUGUAAAUACGUCUCGGAAUUAUUGGAAAGAGUUCUCGGAAAGGCCAUUCAUACCAUGUCGUAUUUUACACUGUCCAAGAUAACAAAAGCUGAUGUUGUUACUCAGACGAAGAUAACUUAUCCCGAUCAUGAACUUUUCCAACUAGUCUACAAAUACUUGGAUAACUGCGGCCUACGACAGACAGCUUCGACCUUAGCAAAGGAAACAAAUCUUCCUUUGAGCAAAACAUCUCAGAAACCAUCUCUGCCAGUAACCCCAACACUACAAAGAAAGGUUCGCUUCAAUGUAUCACGUCCCAGUCCCCUUGAAAACCCAUCUACAACUCUCACCCCCAUUUCUUCACCGGGGGGGACGAUAGUACAUCGCUUUGGCAGCACAAACUCGAGUACGCCAAUUCCCAAGCACAACCUUUCAGCAAUUGCUAAACGUCCCAGUUCCAGUUGUCAUAAUCGCUCGCCAUCUCCUCCAACACUGGAUUCUAUAGUGACGCAGUAUCUCAGGAAUCAACAUGCAAAGUGCCCUCAUCCUGUUUCAGUGUGUCCUCCUUUUUCACUUCUUGGGCCUCAUCGCUGUCCAGAGCCAAAGAGAAGGUGCCAUGCUUCAAUGAAUAUAGCGUCGAGACUGAGUGCUCAUCAGGUGCGUUCAAAUUAUGGUGGCUACGAGGGCAACAGAUUAAACAGACGAUAUUUAUACAGCAGGUUUCGGUCCCUUCGUGUCCUGCGAGUGCUUGACGAAGCCAGUUAUUACACUUGUGCCUCAUUUCUGCCGAAUUCACAAGAAAUUUUAAUUGGAACACAGGCAGGGGAAAUCAAAGUGUUUAACAGCAAAACGGCUGAGUGCUUGAGGAAUCACAAUUGUCAUCGUUCCCACAUUUCAUCAUGCAUCCCAUCAAAUGACGGUCAAUUAUUGCUGACGUCAUCACCGUUUGGAACACCGCAGUCCACUCUAUGGUCAGUUGGUGAACAAAAAUUGGAUAUAAAGUUAAAUUUUUCUGAGGCGCGACAUGUCAGGUUUAGUAAUCAGGGUCUGACCAGGAUCAUUGGUACACGAGGAUCGUCUGCUGAUAUUUACGACUUGGGAACAGGGCAAAAGAUCACAACACUAUCAGAUACCAAGAACAGCAACAGCUAUCUCAAAAACAUCGCGACAUUCAACUUGACAGAUGAACUAGUUUUAAACGAUGGUUUAUUGUGGGAUGUCAGGGGAAGCAAGGUUAUUCACAAGUUCGAUAAAUUCAAUAACUACGUCAGUGGAGUGUUUCAUCCUUCGGAUUUGGAAAUCAUCAUUAAUUCUGAAAUUUGGGACCUCCGUUCUUUUCACCUCCUUGAUACUUGCCCAUCUUUGGAUCAAUGUCGAAUUACAUUCAAUAGCAAGGGAGAUGUCAUAUUUGGAGUAAGACAUGCACUCCCCGCUGAAGGAACGGGGCAAUUUGAAUCUUCGUUCAAGACAAUUGAUGCGCUGAAGUUUCAACAAAUUGCUACGUACGAUGUAAAGAAAGCGAUCUAUAGUUUGGCCAUUGAUAAAACAGACACAACGCUGGCUGUUGUUGAGAACCAAGGAAGCGAAGAUUCGAACGGGGAGAGUACCUGUAGAUUGUAUGAAAUCGGAAGAACAAAAAGGGAAGAUGAAGACGAGGACGAGGACGAAGAAGAUGAAGAUGAAGCUGAUGACGACUUAGAAAGCCGUGAUGAUGACGACGACGAUGGUGAUGACUUGGCAGAUUUCAUUGUUGACGAUGACGAGAAUGAAACCAUUGAAGUUCAAGAUCUGAUUGAAGAUAUGUUCAGACGUGAUUUUGACGAACAUUUCAAUAAUGACAGAGCCGAUAUUGAUGAUCACAUGGACGAUAAUUAUGAUGAUGACGAUGAUGAUGAUGACGAUGACGAAGACGACGAUGAUGAUGAUGAUUAUGAUGACAGUGAAUUUGAUGACGAUGUGCGAUUUCUUUUGGCUAGUGACUCCUCAGAUGAUUCUUAUUCAGAGAUGUCAGAGUAAUCACGUAAAAGGUACGAGAUUGUAAAUAUAUUUUAUCACAUAUACUGGGUGUCUCAAAAGAAUAUAUCGAUGUUUGAUUUUAGCUGGGAAUAGCUUAACUUCAUAGUUUUGAAUUCUAAAGAAAGGAAUAACUUGAAUUUGACGUUCGGCGCUUAAUCUUUGACUCAAAUGACAUAUGUUGGUCGAAUGUUCUAAUCUGAAUUUCGAUUUAAAAAUUAGCAAAGAAAUUAUUCGAUGAUUACAUAUGAACGGCAUGCUGUCUCGAUCUUUUACAAGUGAAUAAAUUGAUCGAGCUUUUCUAAGUGAAUAAAUAAUUUAAUGUGUAAAUAUCUUAUCGUGCUUUUUGUUAAAUAACAAGUUAAAAUUACAUGUU